CUGGAGUUCGUGGGGAAGUCUGGGGACAGCGGUGGGGGCACCUACACCGUCAACCUGCACAAGGCCCUGGCGUCUCUGGCCACGGCCACGCUGGAGUCCAUCGUGGAGGAGAGGUUCGGCUCCCGCUGCGCCCGGAUCUUCCGCCUGCUCCUGCGCAAGAAGCACCUGGAGCAGAAGCAGGUGGAGGAUUUUGCCAUGAUCCCGGCCAAGGAGGCCAAGGACAUGCUCUACAGGAUGCUCUCGGAGAACCUGGUGUCCCUGCAGGAGAUUCCCAAGACUCCGGACCACGCUCCAUCCCGCACCUUCUACCUGUACACGGUGAACGUGGCGGCCGCCGCCCGGAUGCUGCUGCACCGCUGCUACAAGGUGGGUGCCCAGCACCUGAACAUCGGCCAUCCCGGCCUAUCCAGCCCGCCAACUGAGGAACGCCAGGCAGCAACGAGACGCCGGGAGAACAAGUGA